AUGCCAGCGCCAUCUAAUGUUUCACCAGUUCGUGAUUUCUGGGCGACUGAUGUUUCCAGUUUUGGGGUCGGAGCAGUUUUGUUCCAUCGUUUUCCCGACGGAAGUGAUAGGGAUGUCGCCCAUGCAUCAAAAUCAGUGACUCCAGCUAAGCAUAAUUAUUCCCAAAUAGAACAUGAAGCCCUUAGUAUAGUUUCUGGGACGAAGAAAUUGCCUUCAAGAUUUGACAAAGUUUUUGAUGAGUCACAACUGGCUGCUGAAGAUCAAGUUACUCAAGUCUACAACGAAUUCCUUCUGGUGGCUUCUAAAGAGCUGUCAGACGCUACGGCGGCAAAUCCAAACCUGACUCUUGUUGCACAACACAUUCAAAAUGGCUGGCCGCUAAAGAUCAAGAAUUUCGAAAUUAAUCUGUUUUUCAGAAAGCGGUCUGAACUUUUCUUUCAUUAUGGUUGCAUUUUUUGA